AAUAAAAAAAAUAUGAAAAAAGUGCAACCUGGCAUGACCCCUAUCGAUGACACAAGACGACACUGUACGGGUUAAAACAUCAUUGGGCGUCGCAUGAGUUUGAUUUUCCACCUUAACCCUUUACCGGGCAAGGAGCCAUAUAUGAGCAUUAAAAUAGGCGUCGAAAAUGGCGCCCACAGAGUCUCUCGGAGCACAAACCAAUACGUCAUCGAGCUUGAGCCAAUCACCAAGUCUCUGGCUACCAGCGGGGGUGACGUCAUAGUCGCCUGUGCCUCUCUCAUUGGCUGUCCUGGGACUCAAAGCUCAGUUGCUCUUCAGACACGACGAAAGGAGGAUUUCUGCGCUAGUUGUCCCGACGCCCACGGCCCCCUCUCUCUUCAUAAUGUCGCUUGAUUGUCGCAUGUUCUACCCCAGAAGAAGCAAGGCCCAGCAGAAUAUACUAAUUCCUCUGGACCCAAACAUCAGUGACGAUGAUUCGUUGGAAGAGAAAGACGACCAAGACCCUGAUUUUGUGCCUGUCUCACAUGACCCAGAUUUACCAGGCCCCAGCGACGAACCCCCCGCCAAGAGGAGGUGUGCUGCGCCACUGUUUGAGGAAGAGGUUCGGGAGGAAGAAGAGGAGGAUGACAACCGAGAGGAGGAAGAGGAAGAAGAAGAGGAGGAGGAGGAGGAGGAGGAGGAGGCCAACAAGAAGGGCAGGAGCAAGGGCACAGCCAAGACUAAACGCAGGAAAAAGAGUGCCCUUCAACUCAGGCCUACAACCUGGAAGGAGGAGGACAUCAGCAAUCCCCCCCUGCCCACUUAUAACCACCAUCCACCUGCAUAUCCAGAGACCCCCCAGCAAUACUUCCACAGGUUCUUUACCAUCCAGCUCAUCAAGCAAAUAACCUAUCAAACCAACCUCUAUGCCACUCAAAAAGAUGUUGCCACAACCUUCUCCACCACUGAACAUGAGAUCUCUAACUUCGUGGCCAUUCUGCUCUACAUGGGGAUUGUGCAGUGUCCCUCCCUGGAUGAUUACUGGGCCAUGGGCACCAGAGUACCACAAGUGGCUGACAUCAUGUCCUCGAAACGCUUUCGACUACUUCGACGAACCAUCCACUUCAACGACAACACUCAGCUUCCCGACACGGUAGACAGGUUCUUCAAGGUACGCCCCCUCUUCACCACCAUCACCGAAGCCUGUCGGAAAGAGCCUGAAACUCCGAAGCAGUCCAUCGAUGAGGUUAUGGUGGGCUACAAGGGGAAGACUGCUGGGAACCUGAGGCAGUACCUGCAGCUGAAACCAGAUAAGUGGGGGUUCAAACUGUUCUCGAGAGCGUCCGAGGAUGGGCUCGUCCACGAUAUGAUACUGUAUCAAGGAUUGAUGGAAUCAACACUCCAAGCCCACGGUAUCCCCCUCAGCCCAGUGCAGAAUACACUGUCUGACACAAGCAAGGUAGUUACAGUCCUUGCCAGCACCAUGACCUCCACCUGCACCUCUGCAAUAUUCGCUGACAACUAUUUCACCAGCCUGGAACUUGUACGGUACCUCCGAGACCAAAACUGCAGGUACACAGGCACGGCCAGGGAGGCCCGUGUUGGCAAGCCUCCAGUGAAGUCCAUCCAGGAGAUGAAAAAGAAGUCUGUACCUCGGGGAGUAUACUCUUACACAACUAGUGAUGAUGGUAUCCUGGCUGUUCGGUGGAAAGACAACAACAUUGUCACUGUACUGUCCACUGACAUAGGGGUAAACCCUGUCACCAAGCGCAUCAGAGGUCAGCGUAGCCCAACUCCAGAUGCCGCGAUGCGUUUUGAUAAGACCCUGUUCCAUGUUCCCCUCUACCAGACCCGACAGACCUGCAAGCUCUGCAGCAAGAAGGGACACAUAAUUCGCUCAAACUUUGUUUGCAUGGUCUGUAAGGUCCACCUAUGCCUCAAUGGUGAAAGGAACUGCUUUGUGAAUUACCAUGAGGCUGUGGCAUAG